UUUCUAGCAGAUGAUGGUUCGAAGAUCGUUGAUAGAGUAGGUAAAGAAGAUGAUAAAAUCGAUAGGAGACUUAACAUCAGGUCUGAGAUGACAUGGGGGAGAGAAAAGACGCUGACAAUACCCUCAGAAGCCAGGUGGACGGGUAUGGUUUUGACAGGAGCCAGGACCCAAACUCAGACGCUUACGAUGAAUUCAUGGCUGGUUACCUCCCUGUCUUGGCUCGAAGAGAAUCUCGCUGGAAGUCAUUAGUGUCCAAGGGAGAGGAUAUUGCUAAAAAUAGGAAGGUUAAAAGAUUUUGUAGAAAGGGAAUUCCAAAUGAACAUAGAAAAUAUGUUUGGAUGUUGCUGAGUGGAGCAGAAGAAAAAAAGAAAAUGAACCCCAAAACAUAUAAAUUACUCCUUCUGGGUGAAAAGGACACAACUGUUGUAGAAACUAUAGCUCUAGAUUUACACAGGACAUUUCCUGAGAAUAUAUACUUCUCUACCAAGGACGGUCUACGUAGCUCCCUCAGUAACGUCCUGAUAGCCAUCUCACAUCAUAACCCAGACAAAGGUUAUUGUCAGGGACUAAAUUUUAUAGCUGGAUUGUUGCUCCUAAUUGUUAAGGAUGAAGAGAGUGUGUUCUGGCUUAUGGACUGUCUGAUGAAUGAAAUAUUACCAGAUUUUUAUUCCCCUGGUAUGGAAGCCGUCAAGGCAGAACAAGAGCUGUUAGGAGAAAUCAUUAAAUGGAAGGACCCAGUCCUGUAUGAACACAUGGAUACAGUGGGGGUCCAGUGGUGCCUUGUAGGAACAAAGUGGUUCAUGUGUCUAUUUGCUGAUGUACUGCCAACAGAGACUGUUUUACGUAUUUGGGACUGCAUGUUUUAUGAGGGCAGUAAAGUUCUACUUCGAGUAUCAGCAAUGUUAAUCCUUCAGAACAGAGACCAUCUAAUGGCCUGCAGUAAUUUCACAUCAAUGGUGAAUGAGCUUCAGUCCAUCAUCAAAAACCCACAGAGUCUGAACUGUCACAAGUUGAUGAAGCACUGUUUUAAGAGACUGGGUUCAUUCCCCCAUUCUCGGAUUGAGAAAAUGAGGCGUGAGUGUCUGGCUAGAGUGGGGGACUGACAUCUACAAAAGUAAAGAGACUUCAAACAUGCCUCAAGCUUGGAUGUCAUCUGGAAUAAUCUAAAAAGGCAGUGAAAUUAUUUUGAAGAUUACUGAGUAGUUAUGAUGUCAUCUUGAAAUUUUUAAAUGGCCUUGUUGUAAACUGAAGAGCUGCAGAACCUAUGAUAUCAUCUUGAAGAUUUCAAAAAGGUUAUGAUUUUAAGCUCUUGUUGUACCUAUUACUCAGUGGAUUUUAGUGAGGACCUGAUUUCAGUGUAUGAAACUCCUGUUAGCUUACACUCUCUAUACUAGCUACUCUUCAUCAGGGAUGAUAAUUUUUUUAUUCAGUACUUUUAUGUCACCAGAGUCACCAGAUUUUUUUUUUCAAAGCCUGAGAAACUCAUGAAAGUUGCUCAAUACUCAGGUGACUGUCAUAGCCCAUGGGCCUUUCGUUAUGGGCCUUUCGUUAGUUAAUUUGGAAAAUUUUGCCUAACAAGUAGAUUUUUCAGGAGUUUCAUACACUGCUUGUUGUUAAUGGAAGAUUUCUGAAAGGUCUUGGUGUCAUUGGGGUAUCAUUUCUAUUGGAACUAAAUAUCAUAAAAAUCAAUGUAUGAUUUUCCUGCCAUUUUAGCAUUACGUUCAUAUAGAUUUUGUUGAAAUGUUGGUAUAUAUUUACAAUUUUAAGGUUUUUUUCUGAUCUCAUUAUUUAUUAUCAGUAGAUGAACAUGUUUUCUUUGUUUUCAGUUCAGUUGAAUU